AUGGGCGACCUAGAAGGAAACAAUAAUUUACAGGAACACCAGCAUCAACAUGUACAGCAAGUAGUGGAAGAACCAAACCAGAGGCCCGAGGACCAAACCGAACAACCCUUACCCCGCAACGAUAAAGUACACAUCUCAGUGUCCAAUUCUUCAGAAAGGGCACAACCGACGAGCACCAACCUUUCAGCAGACCAUCAGGGAAAUGCAGGAUCUCCAACUGCUACAUCGAAAUCUGAUGCUGCACCGUUGAAUCAGCCCCAACAAAAGAAGCGAAGAAAGGUUGUCUCUGCAUGUGUUUACUGUCGUCGCUCUCACAUGAACUGUGACGAGUCAAGACCUUGUAAACGAUGUGUGAAGAGAAACAUUGGCCAUUUAUGUCACGACUCACACUCAAAACCACCGAGUCUUAUUGUUGGUCAGUCAAAUUCGCCUUCCUUAAUAGGAGACUCUUCUCAAUUACAAAGUUCAGGCCUGAAUCAUCAACAACAACAGCAACAACAACAGCAACAGCAACAACAACAACAACAGCAACAACAACAGCAACAGCAACUUCAGCACCAAAAGCAAACUCUGCCAUACACUAACAACUAUCAGCACCACCAAUAUCAAUCUCAGAACUCUCAAUUCCAGUAUUCAGCAAAUCACCCCCCUCAGCAACAUCUGAACUCACAGUCACAAUUCUUUAACUCCAACCCUUCUUCCGCAACAUUAACUCAACAACCUUUCUUUUACUCGGAACAUGCCGGGUCGGAAUUCAACUCCUUGACCGAAUUCUUAUCAAUGAUUGAUGACAAUGACAUGAUGGACUCUAUUAAUAUAAAUAACGAUCCAAUGCUACAGAAGCUUGAAGCCACUAACUACUUCCGUGCCAUAUCUUCAAAUAACUUGGCCAAUUUGGGUACCCCCAACCCAGAAGCAUCUAAAUUGAAUCUACAGCAGUACCAGCCGCUACACGCCCAGCCAUCGCAUCAACAACAUCUAACUAAUAAUCACAGCAUGGACUCUUCCUCACAACCAGCGGAAUUCAUUAACAGUCUACCACAAAUACCUCUUCAGCACCAAAACCCACCGGUUUUACCAUCAACAAAGAAUCCAAUGUCAAUUAAUCAAAGCAGCGCAUAUUUGGCUAGUACCAUCAGACCUCCCUCGAUAAUCGAUACAUUUCCCUCGCAAUCAAAUUCAAUACAGCAACAAUCAACAACCCCCCGUAUUUCAGAUGCAGCAAGGGAUAAAUUUUUCCUAACGGCUGCGGACCCAACCACCGAAAUCUCACCGGAGGAAAGAUUGAAGCAAGUCAUUAAUGCGAAGCUUGAAGCAGGCUUGCUGAAACCGUAUAAUUACGCCCAAGGUUAUCAGAGACUACAAAACUAUAUGGACAAAUAUAUGGCGGCUUCAAGCCGUGCCCGGAUCCUAAAGCCCUUGUCUACUUUCCGACCUGGAUUUAGGGCAAUUGCUAAAACUUUGAAGGACAUCGAUUUGAUUUUAGUCGAAGAAUCGUUUGAAAGAAUGCUACUUGAUUAUGAUCGUGUAUUUACAUCAAUGGCUAUCCCAGCGUGCCUUUGGAGAAGAACUGGCGAAAUUUAUCGUGGAAAUAAAGAGUUCGCAUCUUUGGUUGACGUUUCUAUCGAAGACUUAAAAAAUGGAAAACUAACCAUAUAUGAACUAAUGACCGAAGAGAGCAGUGUGAACUUCUGGGAGAAAUAUGGCUCAAUUGCCUUUGACAAAACUCAAAAGGCGGUUUUGACCAGUUGCAACCUACGGACUAAAGACGGAAGAAAGAAAAAGAAUUGUUGUUUCAGCUUCACAAUACGAAGAGACAGGUACAAUAUUCCAAGUUGUAUAGUUGGAAAUUUCAUACCUAUUCGUUAA